AUGAGCAAGAAUGGUUGGUCUCAAGGUGUGGGCCAAUUACCUUACAUAUCGAUGCUUUUGGGAACACUCGUUGGUGGAUUGAUUGUAAUUUGGGGUGAAAGACGAUACAAUCAAGUUAUGGACGAGAACGAUGGUAAACCGGUUCCAGAGGAAAGGUUGCCGCCAAUGAUGCUUGGCUCAGUUACUUUCACGAUUGGUAUGUUUUGGCUUGGAUGGGGUGGUGCUUACGGUAACAAGGUUCAUUGGAUAGUGCCCACUAUUGGCGCGUUCUUUGUUGGGAAUGGAUUAAUGUUGAUUUUCUUGCCCUGUUUCAACUACAUCAUUGACUGCUACCUAUUGUAUGCUGCUUCUGCCUUGGCAGCAAACACGUUCCUAAGGUCAGCUUUUGGUGCAGCUUUCCCCCUUUUUGCUAGGCAGAUGUUCGUUAAUAUGAAGAUUCAAUGGGCUGCUACAUUGUUGGGUUGUUUAGGGGCGGCCAUGAUACCAGUCCCGUUUUUAUUCUAUUUUUUUGGUAAGAAAGUGAGGGCUAGCUCGAAGUAUGCAUUUGUUCUAUAG